AUGGACGGUUUUGCAAGUGCUUUUGGCCCUCGUGGGGAUCCGCGCUAUCCAGCCGAAAGUGUUGAGAAUCGCAUUGAAACAUUUCGUGGUUGUGGGAUGUGGGUGGAAUGCAACGGGGUGCGGAUGGAUUACGAUCAGGACAACAUUGAGUACAACCAUUCACCCCCAAACAAUCCCGACUGCGCAAAGUCUUGCUGUGCCGGGUGUUUCGGUAUGCCCGGAUGCUGUACGCUGUUUUACUGCUAUGUUUUCAUUUCUGGAUUGCCGCUGGAUCUGGAACCAUGGAUUGAACAUGCCCGCCAAUCACCAGCCUGUGCAUAUCUGAUGAACGUGAAAGGCAAACGGUUCAUCAACGAUGUUAUACGAGCUUGCAAGUCCCCUGUUACCGACAUUGGAAUACAAGGUAUGACUGUUUUGGAAAACAAAGCACGGCUCGUUGGCUUCAGUCAAGACCAAAUUGAUGCCGCUAAAGCUAAAAAGAAGGGUCGUUUCUAUUUUUGGGAGGAACUGGAAGAAGCGGUGGAGUUCCAUAACGCCGAUUUCCUGGAACAAAAGCAUUUUUUGCACUAUGCCACCGAAGUACCUGUCGGAGACGAUGCCCGCACCGUUGAGCAGUUGAAAUGUAAAAUCUGUCUGUCGCGGUAUGCCAACACGCUGAUCAGUCCGUGUAAACAUCUGGUCAUGUGCGGACAGUGCGCCAAAGCGACCCUAGACCGUGGAAGCCUCUGCCCGUACUGUCGUCAGCCUGUUGAAGCCGUCACGUCACUUUAUUUUACUUGA